AAUUUUGAUGUUUGGUGUUAUUGAAUAAAAGUUUGAGUUUUUUUUCGAAAAGCCUCUCGUUUUUAAACAAGUUUGCGUUAAUUAAUGUAAUUAACUACUAGAUUUAGUGCUUUAAUACUAGUUUACAAAGUUAUAAAUGCAAGAAAUGUUCCAAGAAUCAUCUAGAUUAAAAUUAUGAAGCAAAGGGACCAAUUAUAUAGCUUCGUAAUUCACUACACAGAUUGUUUUUAUUGUUAGAUGAUAAAAUGAAUGCAGCAUGUCUUAUUUGAGUGCAUCAGAAAAUGUGGGUUUCAGUGGUAUUACCCAAAAUAUAUCCGAUGGCAGUUGUGCGACACAAUACAAAAUGGCCGUUGAGAGUGUCUCCGGCGGCUGCGGUAGUGAAGUAAUGUACAUUCACGACUCGGACAGUGAACAGUACAUACCUCAUAUUAGUGACAACUUCUUCCAUACAAAAUUUAAGAUAGAUCCGAAUGAAUUGUACACAUUUCACGAUUCAGACGUCAUUGCCAAUGAGAUAACUGUCAGCCACACUGAAGAUAAUUUUGUUUUUGACAAUAGCGUUGAUAUAAAACCUAACCAUGUAGAGAGCCUUAAAGUUUCGGAAUCUAUCAUCACUCCUCAUUUAACUAAUGGGAUUAUCAAACAAGAUAAGGAGAUUCUGAAUGGCCAUUUUUCACCAGUUUUAAAAACUGCUACACCAAAUCAUGUUGAAACAAAAAUAGUAAAUGCCAAAGUUCCGAAAGCAAAGACUCAGGUGAAACCAAAAUUGGCUGAAGUUCGUAGUGCUAGCGUGUCUAGUUCAAGCAAUCAGAAUCUACAAAAUCCAAGUAGUUCGUCAACAAAUGUACCAUCAAGCAAUACAUCUAAUAAUACUGCAAGUGAAAAAACGUCAGGCAAAAAGAGCAAUUCGGAAACCUUUUUGGAUGUCUUUAAAAGGGAACAAGGAGUCAUUGAAAACACUGUAACAAUUAAAACUGAACCAAAUUUCACCCCACUUAAUCCUACAUUAAAGCUGCCAACAGUUAAAAAACCUGCAGCAGCCAAAACCUCCCAACCGAAACCACGUAAAGGCAGAGGUCCGACUGUACAUGAGGCCUUGCAACGGAUACCUCAUCAACCAAGAGCACUUGCUUUGCCCAAUGUAACGUGGCACGCACCCGGCGAGGAGCUGUUCCAAUGCGGUCCUCUAGAAGACAAGAGGCCAAAUGCCUUCCGUCAACUCGAGAGCAGUAGCAGCGAUGACGAUAAUGUGCCGGAAAUCGAUCUAGGCGUCGGAACGAUUUGCGUAGAAGAGAGUGCGGCGGAAAGUCGUGGGGCGAGAUUGGCCCUGCGCCGCGCGGCUAUGCGGCGCCAGGUGGUCAGGGCUGCCACCUCGCUGCAGCUCGCCAAGGACCAUAGAGAACAUAGAGCUUUGGCAUCCCUUAUCAAGAAACAGCUGAGUGGUCAAAGCAGCAAGUCUUGUCGUAUUCCGCCGCAAACUAUGAACCACUUGCUAGCUAUGCGAGGAAUGUCUACCGUGUUGUCUUUGCAAGAAAGGAGGAAAUUAAGACAAAGCGGUUGGUCGGGCAGCGAGAGCGUGCGCGCGGAGACGGCCGCGUGCGCGGAGGAGCGCUGCAGCGCUUCGCCGCUGCCGUGCGCGCGGCACUGCCUGGCGCACGCGACGCUCGCGCCCGAGCAGCGGCUGUACGCGGCGUGCGCGGCGGUGUUCGCGGGCGGCGAGCGCUGCAAGCAGCCGCUGCUGCCGCUGCAGGAGCAGACGCCGCUGUGCGCCGAGCACGCGUGGAAGCGGGAUAACUAUGAGCUCCUAAGCCGCGAGAGUAAGCCGGCGAAGGCUGUCCGCAAGCGCGCGUGGGUGCCCGCCGUGCGAGCGCCCCGCGCCCCCCGUGCACCGCGCCGAGCCAAGCGACGCCGGAGACUCGUGCCGAAGCGACCGCCCAACCACACGCAGUCCUUGUCUGAGAUCAACGUUUGUUCGAACUCCUCCGCGUACGACAGCUCAGAAGAUACCGCAAUGGGUGGUUUGAGCGAAAACGAAUACAUGACUGUGACUAACUCGCAUGUGUUAGAGGUGGGACAAGUACCUCCAGACGAUAUCCUGGACCCAUCAGUACUAAACCAGAUACCAGAUGAAGCUUUUACGGAGUUCUUUAAUCAAGCGGAGAGUGGCAGCACCUUCGGUGAGGGUCUGGAGCUGGCUGCAGCGCUGGAGGCAGUGCUGGACGAGCGCGCGUUGGACAUGGUGGACGUGUUCCAGCCGGCGCACGGCCAGAAGAAUAAGAUGCAGGUACCUGCCGCGGUCACCAUGGAGAUAUCGUCGAGUGCACCUUCAUAACAUAAUAAACGUCUUAUGCUAAGCUAAAAUAUACCUUAAUGUACUAUAUGUUUAGGAACAAAUUCGUAAAUCGUAGUCUCAAGUUUCUUCAUGCUUUAAGUUCUCGUGUGCAUGUCUAGUGAAUUGUAGGAUUUUGGUGAGAGAAGUUUAAAAAUGGCGAGUGUUUUAGAAUGAAUUGAUAAGGGAGCCCCGAUAAAUUAUUUCGGAAAAUUCGUUUUGAGCUUUUUUUAGUUUUAAUUGUAGAAAAAAAUUUAAGAAACAUGGUCUAACAGUCCUUCUAUGAUAUAAAAGAUAGGGCUGUAUUAGAAGUCAUUUUAUUAUAAAAUCAAAUCUAAAUUUUAUGAAACUUAUUUGAGAAUUGAUUAGAUUUUUGUUAUACUAAGUUUUUCUUAUAGAAAAAAAAAAAAUUUUUUUUUUUCAAGGAAAUUGUACAUCCAGUAUAGAAUUUACAUACUAAAACAUUUUUUUGAGGAAUGUACAUUUAAAACACAAACUCCAUCGAAACUGGAUCAGUAGUUUUUCAAUAUGUCACGGACAUACUAACAUACAUACAUAACAUACGUUAGUAAUUCAAAAACCUCUGUUUUAUGCUAAUUAGUUCGUUAAAAAUGUUUCAAAAUUCACACAAUUUUCAGUACACUAAAUUUAUUUUAGGGCUUACAAUCGAAUAAGUAUCAUUUUAGAUAAAAAAAUAGUGUAAUUUUUUUAAUGUUAAAAUUGGCAUUUAAUGUGUGUAGAGUUUGUUUUUUUUUUAAUUUAAAAAAACGUAUACUAACUUUUGUCAGUAUUAAUAUUAUUUUGUUAAUUUUAUAUUAAUACAAUAUCAAAUACUUAGUAAAUUGAUUUUUUUUAUUGUUUGACUUAGUUAAACGUCCGAAAAAGACGUCAAAGUCCAAAAAUAUGAUAAAUUUACAUCUUAUUUUUCUAUUAAUUUGUUUUUUAAUAAUAUGAAUUGGAGUAAUAAGAAUCAUUUACUCAAUAAAAUUUCAAUUCUUAAUAAAUUUGUCGGUUCUCACUUAUUUCUGUAUAAAUAAAUUUGAAAUGAGCUUAUGCAUGGUUUAUUUUUAUUUUGAAAAAUUUUUCAUCGCUACCAUAAUUUACGACUUUAAAACUAGGAGCAUUCGAACUAUUUUACUUUGAUUUAAUAAUACGUUUUAAAGUUAAAACACUUAAAAAAACGAGUUUAAAGUUACGAAUAUGUCGAUACGAUACACACAUCUUUAGUUAGCAACACAUUCAGUGACGUGCACCUCAUAGAUGCAUAAACUCGAUGCAUACCCUGAGCAUUUAUUACAAUGAUUGGAGAGAUUUUCCAUUUUGUAAAAUUUGCACGUAUAGAGCUUAAUCUAGUUAACCUUAUGCACGCCACUGAACACACCAAUAUCUUUGUCAUCAGCAUUGCUGACUGAAUUUUCUGAUUUGCCCAUAGAAUUCAGUGACUCUGUUUUUUUUUAAAGACGAGUUAGCUGGUCACAGUUUAUAGUGCAUGAGCUCAUUGUAUCGAGGAUUGGAAGCACCAAUAAUGUAUUGCGAUGUCUCUAUUAUAAUUAAUUUUUUAAGGACGUAUUAAAAUAGAAAGAAAUAUUUUUAAAUGUAAUUAUAGUGAUAAAAAACAAUUUGCAAUAAUUCCGCUAAAUUUAACUCACUACAAACUUUUCAACUGGUGAUUUUGAUUUAUUGUAAAACUAUCGGACGUCCGCGACUUCGUCCGCGUGAAAUUUAGUUUUUCACAAAUCCCUCGGGAACCAUAGAUUUUUCGGGAUGAGUCAGUGGUACAGUGCGCGCAAGAUAAGUGUACGCGCGACUGGCGAUGGCGGUGCAAUUAUGUUGCCAUCAUUAGUGAUAUCUUUUACCCGCCAAGAGAUAGAUAGAGUUUUAAUAGUUUAAAGGUAAGUGAAGCCUUAAUAGUUUAACGGUAAGAGCGGUCGCACUCCUCACCGAGGGGUGGUGGUUCGAUCCCUGCCCCGUUCUAUUGUCGUUCCCAUUCCUAAUAGUCUUUCCCGACUAGUUGCGAGGGGAAUGGGUAUAUUGGUCUUAUUAAAGAAGAUAUGGCAAAUAUUCUUUUUAAAAAAGAGAUAGAUGACAAUAUGACGGCACUUUUGAUUAGUUCCGAUUUUGGCCACGCGCAAACUUAUCGUGCGCGCGCUCUAACAGCGAAUGCAUUUUUAAAAAAGAUAUAGAUAUCUCAAUACAUUAUUGGACGCAAGUGCAUCAUGGUAGAGUUUUUCUGUGAUUGCUAUAUACAUUUAGUAAGAUAAUGGAACUGCUUGCUUUAAACUGUUCUCUACGUUUGUAUGUUGUAUGAUGGUAUUAAAAUAUUCCAUGGAUAAUGAAUAAAUACAUAUGUAGGCGUUUGUGAAAUUUGUACUCGUCAAGUAAGUAUGUAUAAAUAAAAAUUGUUUUUAUAGUCUUCCAAAAAUCAUUGAAAACAAAAACGCAUAUAAUAAUAAAAUACAGAGUUACUCAGGAAAGCUGGACACCAGCAAUUUAUACUACGCUAACUUGAAUUUUUGCAAAAACGUUUUUAAUGUCAAAUGUCUUAAAAUGAGGGAGUGUAAAAUCGUGAU